UUGCCCUGGGCUUUUACGCCAACUGUUGCCGGUGGCGGGCCAGGAAGCUCGCUGUGGCGUUUGGUGGCCAUCGCAAAAGUGGAUGGUGUCAUCGACGUUCUGCUCCGCGCUCAGAGUUCCGGCAAUCGUCGAGACGUCGAAUUCUCUUGCUAGAGGUACUGGUACCUGUUCCUAGUGCCAAAGACUCGCUUGUUGUUUGUUCUUCGCCAGUAGUGGGGGCCAAAGCGGCAGAGAAAAUGACAUGACCACCGGAAACCUGCCGUAUCCGCGCCUCUACAGAAGCCACUCUUGCAAUGACUCAAUCUGCCUCUUUUAUUCACAGCAAUUAUUACACAUUGCUACCCGGCUGGAGGCUUCUUUCAGAUUACCAGUCACUCUGGGGUGACGGGGACCCCAGACUCUUCCCCGUCUGAUUGUCAUAAUGUGCGGCCGGACCGGGGACUAACUCGAUACCCGUGUCCGCUACCAGUACAUGAUGUCCAUGGACCUCCAGGACCAUCUUCGCAGUUUGUUUUUCGCGAGUCCUCCAGUCACUUCAACUCGCAGUCGCCCCCUGACCAUGUUCAUUCGUUUGCUCGAUCUUGAACGCCUUAAACGGCCAAGAAAAGUGGGAAGUCAUGCAAUUUGACCAAACUGAGGCAGCUAUCUACUGAGUUUCCGGUAAGCAAACACCCCGUGUUCAUGCCAUCAACACGAGCUCUAUACAGGUAAGGAACGCCAGACCAGGAGUAUUCGAAUGCGUCUGGAUCUGGACCAGGUGCCUCCAAAAACAUGCCCUCAAUCUUCCUCAUUCCGUUUGUGUCUUGUUAUCCCUUGCACAAGGCUGGCCAAUUUCCCGCAUUCCAUCCGCCCUCUUCCCAAAAGAGCCGCCUUCGCAUGUCACCGCGACAGCCCCUUGUCCACCCUGUUUCUACGUUUCAGCAUGCUGCAUGUUGGUGAGAGAGUCGCGUUGAAGAAAGAAGAUGUGGUCAUUAGCGCCCAUCAUUGGCGUCGCGGUGGCCGGCGCUGUGGUUCUGCUCAUCACGGGAGUCUUGCUUGCUGUCAGCAUCGAGCGACGGCGGCACCGGUAUCUUAUGCAGACUCAUGGCCUAUCUCGAGGCCUCAGCACUUAUCAUCGAGCCAAGCUCAGCGCGAACGAAAACAACUAUUCUCACAUCACGGCACCGACGACAUAUCUUAGGCGAAGCGUGCAGCUCCCGUACGGUGUCAUUUCAGUUGGACGCGUGCACCCCGAUGCUAUAUUUGAGGAGGAGGAAGCAGGCGAUCAUACCGCGCAACUCUUGCGCUAUGACCAUGGCUCGCUGCAGCCAAAGGGAAGACGAUCAAUACGACGCUCGUUCACCGGACAGCCGCUGAACAUACCCAAAACGCGCCGGCAGAACAAGUUGCGCAAAGCGAUGCCACUCAACCAGAUGCAACACUCUCCUCUCUCCGCGAUCACUGAGUUUACAGAUUCUCCUCCGUGCAGUUCGCCGGCAGCCACUGAAUCUCUUCCAGAGGGUGCAGCGAGAAUUGUGACUUCGGUGGCACCCGGGUCAAAAGGAGAGCGACAGAUUUCCCUUCAGUGGCCUCUGGUGAUUUCCAAAACGCGCGGUUCCUCGGAUGUCACACCUACCGAAGUCAUGUCCAUGGCCGCACGAGCAAGUAUGCUGAUGCGGAUGGGCGGAGGCAUCACACAUACUUCGAAUUCUUCCCGCCCGACACCAGUGAACACCACGGUUCCCCGUUCUGUGAGCAUGAGUAGUACAACAUCCUCCGCUCCAGAUGACCCUCUUCCACCUUUGCCGACUAUAGACGUGUACAAGCACCCAAGAACGCAGGAGCUUAGGGCGAGGGCGUCAAACGCCAGCUUGGACACCGUCGGUAGCUCUGUGCUAGGAAGUGCUGUGGGCUCUCCUUCCAGCAACGUUAGAGAGAACAACGUUUCCAACCAGGGUAUAAGCACGAGACUUCGAGGGUUGGAUUCUCGUCAGGGCCAGAAAACGUCGGGACCUCGCCUUCAAGUGCCUCCAGUGAAGCAAACGAUCCACGGUCUCUGUGUGAGUAAACCUAGCUUCCACUCACUCCACCCAAGCUUUGAUGUGAACGAAGCAAGCCCUGAGCCCCGCGGAGAUGAUUCACGUCAGGGGCGACCAGCAGCCAGGAUGACCCGAGAAGACUCGUUCAAAACCAUUGAUGCGAGCCAGUGGGAGAAUCCGCUUCCCUUGCGCAUCAAGAAGAUCCGCUCUGCAGGCUCUAAUCCUGCCAGACAUUCCAUGUACGAGUCCUCGAAGGUUCAGCAGUGGAGGGCAGUCAGCGACCCCAUGGCAACAGACCUUUGCCAUUCACCCGCGUCUCUAGCAGGCAAUGCCAUCAAAAGACCGGCAUCAGUCGCAACGGGUAAUCCUCUACAGUGGGAUCGGCAGGGCGACUUUGCGACCAACCGCCAUUCUCUCUCCUCGUUGGACGGGCCCCGUCGAGGCCACCGGCGCCAAAACUGUGUUCGCAUCACCAACCUUCCAGCAAUUGAACCAAGGCAGAAGAUCCUAGGCCAGAUGCCGGAACUUCGAGAAGAGCUGCAAAAUGUAGAUGCCCCUGACACCGACGCUGACGAUGCCGACAACUUCCAACCUCCACAAUCUUCAGUGCCGGUGCCCAGAACGCAGACAACGGUGAUGGCUCCAGCAUCAACGGUGGACAGCAUCUCCCCCUUCCGAAACCGUCCUGUGCUGACGCCGAGCUCUCGACCGCUACCCAGGCAGCAUAAUGAACCCCGAAGCAGUGCCUCCUUAGGCAUCCCCAGAGCCGACUCCGACAUUUUCAACCCAUCACAUGUGGGGGCGGCGCCUUCGAGCAACUACAACACCUCGCCUCGGCAAUGGAUGUUCUCGCCCGACUCAAAGGUAAAUACCGGAGUCCACAGUAGUCCUUUAUCGGGCCGGCCCUCUGCGAUACAUCCAUUUGACUCGCCUACUCUCCCUUCUCCAACCUUGAACUCGUCUUCGUUGUAUCCGCGAAAAUCUCUGGUGAAAGGACCGCGCAACCCGCGUGGAUCUGGUUCUUCUCCAAGCCCGUUACAGAACAAACAAGGACCAAACUUCCGCGUCAGCAAGGAGCGUGAAUCCAGCACUACAAGGGAGAGGGACAGAGACAGAGAUAGAGACAGAGAGAUCGACCUUCGCAAAUCAGUCAUGAUGCUCAGGAGCAUGAACUCGGAGGGAGGGUUGCUCGAUCAGAGCCACGGCAAUGGCAGCAGCAAUACCAGCCUUAGAUUCUACCGCAACAUCGGUGGUGAAUCUAAUAGUUCUACUCCUGAUCCAUAUAGGACUGUCGUUGCUAGCGCCAACGCCACUCCUCCCCUGAACAAACGGAUCAGUGGCUUACGGAAUUCCGCAUAUGGCGCCUCGUCGACCAUGACCAUAUCGCCCGUGCUCGACAAAGACCGGUCCACCUCGACCGCCACAAGCCGCGGAUGCAGUCCACUGGUCCACUCGACAUCCAUCAACAUGGCAAACAGCGCGAAUAGCCUGACCAUGAAUCGGUCCAAGGCUGGCGUUGCUGGUGCAGCCUCCCAUGUGGCACUUUUUCCUCCAUCGCAAGCUUUUCCCUUUGGCAGUACUACACCUAUCGCAGCGUCUCCGUCCGGCAUUUCCAUCUGGGAAGACGCCAGCGUACAUACCGAAAGCCCCGAACCGGAAGGUGUCCGCACACCCCCAACGCUUGGUACGGGUGUGGGUUUUGAUUCGUCUUCUCUGCACGUCACUCCACUGGCUCUCCGGCCGAAAAGAGAUGCGGAUGUUCCUGCGGGAAGAUCAGGAUGUGGAUACCAGAUGCAUCCAGAAAGUCAGUUCCUCCCAGUGGGAAAACAACAGCAAGAGCAGCGUCAGCAUCAACACCAGCAACAAACCCGACAACUCUCUAGCCCUCCCCGCAACUACAACGGCUUAUCAAUAUGUCGCCCACAGACGCCAAACAAAGCAUACCCUUACCCAUCGCCGCGCUCAGCCACAGCCACCACCAGCAGUCCCAGGCAGAGAUCUGGUCCCAGUUCAGCCGGGAUGUACAUGUUGUUACAACCACUGGCCGAUAAUGGAAAUAGCAAACACAACCUGUGCCGGCAUGAGCGUGACGGGACCAGCGAUAACAAUAACACCGAGACCGACACAGACGCUGAAAACCCAUCUUCCCAUUUGUAUUCGCAAUCGUAUUCGACUGCGAGUCCGAAUCUGAAUCCGAAAUCUUCUCUCGUCCAACGUCUCGAACAAGCCGUGACCGGCACUCACUGGUCCACCUCGACAGCAACGAGAAAUUCACCAGCGAGAAGUAACGAUGUCGAUCAACCGCCGUUCUACUCCAAAGUCGUUCUGGAUCAUUCGAAGCGACCUGAUCGUGAUCGUGCUUCUGGUCCUAUUCCUUCUGCCCUUUUACGAGCCCGUUCCGCUUCCAACAAUUUGAAUACCCAUAACAUACAACACAGUACCACAGACAGUGGUUGGGUCGCUGUUAACGGCCCGCUGAAUCCUUUGACUCAAUUUCAAAAAGGACAUGGUCAGCAUCAUCAGGCCGCGCCAUCCUCGUCCUUCACAGAUACACAUAGGCAUGACCGUCGACGUCUCAGCCAUAGAUCUGUACCGUCCCGAGCCAAAGGGGACAGUGACAGUGUGGACGAAAAUGAUGACGAUAACGACGGUGACAACUUGAGUGGCGGCAACGAUAGAAUGAAUCCCGGAUACAAUAAUGGCGGCAUUGGCAUUGGCGUUGGCAUUGGUCUCGGUCUGCAACUGCCGGAUGGAAUACUCGGCCAUGCUAACUGAUGUCGGAGGAGAUAUAAAUACUGGGCCAUCGACGCCAACGAGGGCGGCGACGACAGCAACAGUUUCGGUUUCAUAUUAUUGAAUUUACUACUCGAAUGUAACCUUUAUAAAUGCCGUUGCGUUAUUGUUUGGACGGUUGGGCGACGAAAAGGGGGUACUGUGGGCAAUUGUGUGUUUUUCGGAGGGAUAGGAAUAGUACUGUACCGCCCAAGGCGGUCUUAUUAAAUUAUUGAUUGCUACUUCCGGGGUAUAAAGGAAAGCUGCAUUUAAUAUUAAAGCUUCAUGACC